GAAAAGUAUCGUAUUUCAUAAAUUUGUAUCGUGUUUAAAAUCUUUACGAGAAUGAUCAAUGAGAAUACGUUUAAAGCUAAAACAGCUAUUGGAGUGAGUGAAUUUAAAAGAUUUUUAAUCGAAAGCACUGUUUUUGUAGAUAAAACUUAAACUAAUACUAAUUAAAGAUAUUUUUGAAGAUUCUGGACAAACAUUGUUAAUUACCUAUCCAAGACAAUGGGGUAAAAGCCUAAAUAUAGACAUGAUAAAAAAAUUUUUUAGUAUUGAAGUCAACCAGAAGGGUGAGUUGCUAUCCAAAGAAGAAAGAGAAAAUCAUAAGCUAUUUUUAGGAGGAGAAAUAGGUUUAGGAGACGCAGAUGGUACAACCAUAUUGUUUAAUGAACUUAAAAUAGCUCAGCAUCCAAGUUUUAUACAGGGGCUUCUCGGGCAAUUUCCAGUAGUAACAGUUAAUUUCAAAAAUACAAAAGGAAAUUCAUACAAUGAAGUUUUAAGUUUAGUAAAGUCAGCAUUGCAUGAAACUUUUUUAGAGCAUGUAUAUUUAAUAGCUAGUAGCAAGCUUAGAGAAGAUGAAAUUAAACUAUUCAUCAAGUAUAUUGAUAAUUUAGAUCACCAAAACUUAACUUACACUGAAGUAUGUAAAGGAUUAUUUACGUUAAGUCGUCUAUUAUUUAAGCACUUUGGCAAACAUUGUUUUAUUCUUAUGGACGAGUAUGACUCUGCAAUAAACCAUUCAUCAAUUAACUUUUGCAGUAAAGAGUCUAUAAAAGUAAUAGAGCUUUUCAUGAUUAUAAAUGAAGCUACCUUCAAAAGCAAUCGCUAUUUAAAAAAAGGAUUAAUAACUGGAGUGUUUAGGCAAGCUAAUUUAAUUUCUUUGCUAAAUUUAACUAAAUACAGUAUAUUAGAUGAUAAAUUUUUUCAUCAUUAUGGUUUUACUGAACAUGAAAUUAAAUACUUAUUUGAUCAAUAUAAUGUUCCAGAGAGUUUAGGUCAAGAAAUGAAAGAUUGGUAUAAUGGUUAUACACUUAAAGGAGUUGAACUAUAUAAUCCAUGGUCCAUAGUUAAUUGCUUAACAAAAUUUAAAGAAUAUAGCGAGGAUCAAAAUUAUUGUCAAAUAAAAAUGAAAAUUUUACAAAGUUACUGGAACAAGAGCAAGAAUAUUGAUUUUUUAAAAGAUUUGUUUGAUUUACCAUCAAUAAAAAACAAAAUAGAUCUCUUGUUAAAAGAUGAACCUUUUUAUUUCGAUUUACAGAAUUAUUUUAGUAAUACGGACUUAAUGGUAAUAAAAGAAGUAAUAUCUUUAGGUUCUAACUAUGCAAUUAAUGAAUCAACAACUGAUAUACUGUUUUCAUUCUUGUUUCAUGUGGGAUACUUAACUUUUUCUGAGAAAAAUGGGUUUAAACUACCAAAUAAGGAAUUAAAAUUUGAGUUUCAGAAUAUGUUGCGGAUAUACUAUAAUCAGCAAUACAACAUAGAUUCAAAGUUGUUUUUAGAUAUUUCUGACCAAUUGCAAAAAAAUCUUGAAUGUUUACAUAAUAGUACAAAACUUGAUCAAGCUUCUGAAAGUUUAAAAAUAUCAUUUAUAAAUUUAUUAAAAAAGUUUCCCAAGUUUGAAAAAAUUGGCAAUGAAGAACUUAUACCUAGCGUAAUGACUUACAUCACACUUCAGCUCAAAUCUUUAUCAAAGUUUAGUGCAGAGGUAUACUUUGGUAAUGGAAGAGCGGAUAUUAUGCUUAUUGAUGAAUUAAAUAAAAAUGGUCUUGUUAUGGAGAUAAAUUAUAUUAAAGAUGCUACAGAAGCUGUUGAGCAGAUAAAAACGAAGCAGUAUGCUAAAAGAUUAAUAGACAAAUUGGAUAUUAUUAUAAUUUGUUUAAAUGUUUCUGAUGAUAAAGAGGUUGACAUCAAAUGCUAUAAAAUAAUUACAGGAUCGUAUUAGAGCAUAAUGCUUUCCAACUGUUGUCCAAUGUAUAUGUUGGAACUAUGAAUAAAUCUUGUGUUUAAAAACUAUAGAAACUUUAUUUAAGAUUU